CUAGAGAAAGAAGUAAUAAUGGCAACUACAAGUGAAGACUUAAAGGAGGUACCAGAAGGAGAAACAGCCUCUCCUGAAGAUCCUAAAAAAGAAGGACAAUCUGACCAGACCAGUAACUCUGAAGUGAUUGCUACCAGUGGUACUAAUGAAACCUCUGAUCAAGAUCAACCCAACGUUGAUGCUAACACUGAUAACUCUGAUGUCAAUCAACCUAAUGCAGAUACCGAUCAACCUAAUGCUGAUGCCGAUCAACCUAACGCUGAUACCGAUCAACCUAAUGCUGAUGCCGAUCAACCUAACGCUAAUACUGAUCAACCUAAUGCUGAUGCUGAUCUACCUAACACUAAUGCUGAUGCCAAUCAGCCUAAUGCUAAUGCUGAUGCUGAUCAACCUAAUGCUGAUGCCGAUCAACCUAACACUGAUGCCAAUCAACCUAACGCUGAUGCCGAUCAACCUAACGCUGAUGCCAAUCAGCCUAAUGCUGAUGCCAAUCAGCCUAAUGCUGAUGCCGAUCAGCCUAAUGCUGAUGCUGAUCCACCUAACGCUGAUGCUGAUCCACCUAAUGCUGAUGCCGAUCAACCUAACGCUGAUGCUGAUCAGGAUCCAAAAGAAGAUACAAGAAGGAGAAGUGUCUAUUGCAAUCAACCACUGGAGACAUAUAUCUGGAAACCAGAAGCACAAGAUAUAAAGGGAUUGGUUUGUAUCUGUCAUGGUGUUCAUGAGCACAUGGGGCGUUAUGAGAAACUAGCCGAACACUUAAAAUCCUCAGGUCUCUUGGUUUUUGGGAUUGACUUAGUUGGUCACGGUAAAAGUGAAGGGGUUAGAGGAUCUAUUGAUGAUAUGCAAUCAUAUGCAACCGAUGUGAUUGGAUUUGCACAAGAAAUGGAAGAAAAAUACCCAGAACAACCAAUGUUUCUAAUGGGACACUCAAUGGGCGGCUUGGUAGCUACCAUAGUUGCUAUUCAAAGGCAGAGCAUGUUCAUAGGCCUCCUUCUCUCAGCUCCAUCGCUAAUGGUGGAUCCUAAUGAAGCAGGGCCUAUAAAGAGAUUGCUUGCAAGGAUCAUUGGAGCCAUUGCACCUAAUUUUGGUAUAUCAACUCUUAAUACUUCUACAAUUUCUAGUCUUCCGGAAGAAGUUGCAGAGUAUGUUAAUGAUCCACUGAUAAUCCACGCUCCUCUUAAAGCCGGUUGGGGCUUGGCUUUCAUGAAAGGGAUACAAUACGUUGAAGGAAGGCUUGGGGACAUUUCAAUUCCUCUGUUUAUAAUGCAUGGAUCUGAUGACCAACUUGUCCCAAUGGCUGCGUCUGAAUUGGUUCAUAAUAAUGCUUCAAGCACAGAUAAAACACUAGAGGUGUUUAUUGAUUGUCGUCAUGAAAUACUCCAUGACAAAGAGCAAGAUAGAGCUCGUCAGCUCAUCUCUACCUGGAUAUUGAGUAGAAUUACAAGCAAGCAAGAAACAGCACCUGAUAAUUAAAUUAAUAAUUUUUAUCUAAUUAUUAGUUUUUUUAUAAAUAGCUAGGCGUGGUUUUUAAUAAAACUUUCUAAUUAA